GUAUAUAAAGAGAAUGCAAACAAAAAUCUGUCAUCUUAAUACCGUCAAACCUGGUGUGAGACCACCUUUUUAAGUCCGCCUUGGCAUUUGACGUUCUAGGGGGAUUUGGUAACAUCUCUGGAGUUGGACAAUUUCAUCAACUGGGCAAGUGAGCCAACCUUGUUAAUUCAACCAUGCAACAGUGUAGUGAAGUAGUUGAUAUUCACAUGGUAAAUUUGUUUAAACGCAUCAUAUGGCAGAUUUUGGGAUUUGCAAAUUGUUGUUUAAUAUGUUCGAAGGAAUGCUUUAGAUUUGUUUUUGUGGUCCAGAUAAAUGCUGAAAUUAAAAAUAUGUACCGCAUUUCGAAUAUUUCGACGGUGUUACGCUAAGAAAAAUUUUGCAUUUUUAGAAAUGAAAUACCUUAAUGUUGCGGAGAAAAACGAUGCAGCCAAGACAAUCGCUGCUCAAUUGUCUAAUGGAACGGCGCGUAGACGGGAAGGCUAUUCUGUUUACAAUAAAAUCUAUGAAUUUGAGGCAAAUGUGAAGGGUGCAAAAAGUAAGAUGGUAAUGACAUCAGUGUCGGGACACCUGUUGCAGUUGGAAUUUCUGGGCUCUUACAGAAACUGGCAAAAUGUUAAUCCCGAAAGUUUGUUUGAAGCACCCGUUCGCAAAGCCUGUGCGGAACAGUUUGAACCUAUCAAAAGGACACUGGAGCGAGAGGUACGCAGUUGUCAGGGCUUAAUAAUAUGGACUGAUUGUGAUCGAGAAGGCGAAAAUAUUGGUUUUGAAAUCAUAGAUGUUUGUCGAGCUGUUAAACCGAAUAUCGUUGUAUACCGUGCUAUUUUCUCAGAGAUCACAUCAGCCUCAGUACGAAGGGCUCUACAAAAUUUAAACAUUCCUGAUAAGAGGCAAAGUGAAGCGGUCGAUGUUCGUACUGAAUUGGAUUUGCGAACUGGUGCAGCGAUAACACGUUUUCAAACAAUGCGACUGCAGAAGCUAUUCCCGGAAAAGAUAUCGGAUAAAUUAAUAUCGUAUGGCAGUUGCCAAAUACCAACACUAGGAUUUGUGGCCGAGCGAUAUAAGGAAAUUGAGGCAUUUGUAUCUGAGCCAUUUUGGAAAAUAAAAGUAACUCACACAAUUGAUGACUUAACGGUGGAAUUUUCAUGGGCCCGCAAUCGUCUUUUCGAUAAGAAAGCUUGCGAAGAUUACUAUUUGCUGUGUAUAUCUAAUCCAAAGGCUACGGUUGAAAGUGUUACGGUAAAACCAAAAAAUAAGUGGCGCCCUACACCUAUGGACACGGUGGAACUGGAAAAAUUGGGAUCUCGUAAGUUAAAGCUUUCUGCAAAAGAAGUUAUGACCAUUGCCGAGAAACUAUAUACGAAGGGUAUUAUCAGUUAUCCCCGUACGGAGACCAAUAUGUUUUCCAAAGAAAUUGAUUUACGGUCGUUGGUGCAACAGCACACAUCUCAUGAGGCUUGGGGUUCAUUUGCAGAGCGUGUGAUGGAAUGGGGUCCAAAUCCUAGAAAUGGUACGAAAUCCGAUCAAGCCCAUCCACCGAUUCAUCCCACAAAAAUGGUACCCAAUUUGGAUGGAAAUGAGGGAAGAGUUUAUGAAUUAAUUUGCCGCCAUUUUCUGGCAUGCGUUAGCAAAGAUGCUGUAGGCUCCGAAACUGUUGUGACCAUAACAAUCGAGGGUGAAAAGUUCACUGCAAAUGGAUUGGUUAUAUUCGAGCGAAACUAUUUGGAUGUCUACAUUUAUGAGAAAUGGAACGCAAAGCAAAUACAUAAAUAUGAGCAGGGUCAAGAAUUUGAACCGACCGAAAUUACUAUGCCUGAGGGGCACACAACCGCACCACCACUUCUGACGGAAGCUGAUUUAAUAGCAUUAAUGGAAAAACAUGGUAUAGGCACAGACGCCACACAUGCGGAACACAUCAACACUAUUAAGGAGCGAGGUUACAUCGGCGUUGUAGAUAAUGGAUCUCUAGUGCCCGGUGUAAUUGGAAUGGGUCUUUACGAAGGCUACGAUGCUAUGGAAUUGGCGUUGGCCAAGCCAUUGUUAAGAGCUGAAUUCGAAGCAGAUUUAAAAAAGAUAUGCCUGGGUGAAAAAGACCCCAAAACAGUAUUGAAAGAUCAAAUAAUUAAGUAUAAAGAGUCCUACAAACAAAUAAUGGAUAAAAUUACAGCAAUGGAUGAGAAAAUGUCGCAAAGAAUUCAAGAAGCACCCAAGGAGAUAAACUCCUCAUUGAAUAAUCAAGUCAACACUCCAGAAAACAGUCGAUGGCAGGAAUUAUUCAAGUGUCCAAAGUGUACUUCGGCGCCUUUAGCUCUAAAGCAGAAAAAUAACAAAACUGGCUACUUUAUAGGCUGUCUUAACUAUCCAAAUUGCAAACAUUGUAUAUGGCUGCCCGACGAGUGUAAGGAUCCCUCAGUUUUGAAUGACCAUUGCACAAAAUGUGGUAGCGAGUAUAAGUUAAUAAAACUUCGAUUUUCUCUCCCUUAUCAUAAAACUUUGUUUAACACUCCCAGUGGGUGGUACAAAACAUGUCUGGUAUGUGAUUCGCAGUUUCAAAAUACCUUCAAUAUAAACGUAGAUUGUGUUAAACGUACUGGACCAAUAGUUAGCGAUAUAUCGAGUAUUCCUAUUAAUUACGGCGCAACUGAUACUAACUCUGCGCAAGGAGGAAUAAACCGUAAACCAAAAAAAGAAACAACAAGAAAAAAGAAAACGGAAACGGCAACGGCAACAGGAACCUCUAAGAAAACCAUGUUGAAAUCCACCACAUCAAGUACAAAAACUAGUAAUUCUAAUACAAUUCCCGAUGGAACAAUACGCUCUUACUUUACCUCAGCAAACAAACCAGCUACAGAUUUUGAUGCCUUUUUCGACAGCAACGACGGAUUUGAUGAAUUGAUAUUAGCAGCUGAAACCAAUCUUCCCUCAUCUAUAUUCCAAACGCAGAAAAGUACAACUACUAUUGUGAAUAGUCAAUAUGCAGAAACUGUGUUAUCCGCUGAUUUAGCUGCAGCGUUUAACGAUGACGACGACGAUUUUUUCGCCAACAUACCAAUGGGUUCGACGACUCCUUCCAAUUCCAACAGUGUCUCAACUUCAAAUAGAAAUACCAAUUGCAGCUCCGAAUUGAAUGAUAGUCUUUCGACUGUAUUCCAAAAUGAAAAUGACUUUGGAGACGAUUAUGUCUGGGGAAGUGCUGCCAAAAAUGCAAGAAUUUCCGAAAGCUCCAAUGCUUCAGAGCCAGUAUCUAAAAAGCCUAAGAUACAAAUACACAAAACCAAACCCCUUGACAAAUUUUCUUGGGGGUCGAGCCAGAGAUCACCGUAUGGUCAAAAUGAACACUCAUUGCAAUGCUCAGGAUGUCAUACUGCUGCCAAGGAACUAUCGGUUAAAAAGGAUGGCCCUAAUAAAGGCCGAAUUUUUUAUGUUUGCUCUAAAAGCAAUCCCUGCAAGUUUUUUCAAUGGGCUGAUGAAAUUAAUGCAGAUCAAAAUGAGCUACCCUCUACCAGUGCCAAUAAAUAUGCACCUUCCAGGGCCAGCAAUGAAGAGCGUCGUGGGGGUUGGGGAUCUACGGAGACCGCUGAUAGCGCAGCAACAUUAAACUGCAACUGUAAUAAACCGGCGAAUAGUUUAACUGUGCGCAAGGAGGGUCCAAAUAAAGGACGUGGUUUUUAUGCCUGUGCCAACCGAGAAAAAUCAUGUGGUUUCUUUCAGUGGGCAGACGAAAACGGAAAUCAUGACACUAUGGCCUGGGGAAGUGGUGGUGGUAAUUUUUCAUCGGGUCAAACUGGAAACCCCGCUUCUAAUAAGUCAAAAACUCGAAAGUGUGGAUUAUGCAGGCAAGAAGGCCAUAGCCGCCAGAAAUGCCCCCGUAAAGCCGAAUUUGAGCAUUUUUAGUCAUAUAAAUAAAUGGAACUAACUGAAAAUUUCUAAACGUUA